AUGCAAAUUCUGCAUUUUGAUAUCAAGCCACACAACAUUCUUCUUGAUGCAAACUUUAUCCCAAAAGUUUCUGAUUUUGGCCUUGCAAAAUUACAUUCAAUAGAAGAAAGCAUUGUGUCUCUAACUACUGCUCGAGGAACAUUAGGAUAUAUUGCUCUAGAAUUAUUCUACAAGAACAUUGGAGGUGUUUCAUAUAAAGCUGAUGUGUAUAGUUUUGGAAUGUUAUUAAUGGAAAUGGUGGGAAAAAGGAAGCAUGCAAAUACAUGUCUAGAGCAAAGCCAAACAUACUUCCCGUCAUGGAUUUAUGAUCGAAUAGAUCAAGGAGAAGACAUGGAAAUUGGAGAUGCCACUGAGGACGAACACAAGUAUAUAAGGAAGAUAGUCAUAGUUGCAUUAUGGUGUGUACAGAUGAAUCCCACGGAUCGUCCUUCAAUGAGCGAGGCAUUGGAGAUGCUAGAAGGUGAAGUUGAACUCCUGCAAAUGCCCCCCAGGCCUACUCUAUACUCCAGGGAGAUGUCAGUUGAGGAUCAUAUGAACAAUCCAGUCGGGGUACCAAUUUCUUCACGAAAUGCGACAAUGACGAUCAGCUUGGAGGGAAGGUAG